AUGGAAGAUGAAAUUUCAAGUAAAGUUUUAAAUGAUCUUAAUAAUAGUUAUGAAACUAAAAAUCCCAUUAAUGAAAAAUUAAUUGAUGAUUAUAUUUUAAUAUUAACAAAAGAAAUUAUACUAAAUAAUGAUAAUUUAAUUAAAUUUAUUACAAUCAUUAACCAGAUUUUACAAAGUUUAGAAUAUUCAGUAAUUGAUCCAUCUGGUAUAUUAAUUAAAUUAUUAAAUAAAAUAUUAUCAUUUUUAGAUUUUAAUCAAAUAUUGGAAUAUUAUCCUAAAGAAUUUAUUUUAGAACAUUUGUAUUCAAAUUCAUCAAUUAUAACUAUAUUAUGUUUAAAUAUAAUUAAUUUAAAUUUACAUCAAAAUGAAACUAAACAAUUUAUUGAAACAAAUAAUAUAUUGAAAAAUAUAAUUGAAUUAUUUUUCAAUAAAUCUACUACUAUACCUAUAUUAAAUUCAAUUGAAAAAUUAAUAUCAAAUUUAAAUCAAAAUGAAAUUUAUUUAUUAAAUGGAUCAAUGGAUUUAUUUAAAUCAAUUAAACAACUGAAUGAUUCUAUAUUAUUAUCUCGUUAUUUAGAUUUAUUCAUAAUAUUGUCAUCAAAUUUACAAAAUGUGGAUCCAACAUUAUAUCAAUUCAAUAGUAAAGAAAUCUUGAAAUUCAACAAUGAUCCAUUAUUUUUAAUACUACUAAUUCAAUUUUAUAUAACAUUAAUAAAAACCAAACUAGAUAUAAAUGAUUCAUUAAUUGACAUAUUGAAAUUAUAUAAAGAUGAUAAAUUUGAAGAAAUAGUUAAUUUAGAAGUAAUUAAUUUAAUUUCUAAAAUGUCAUAUCAUAACUAUAAACAAAUACUUGAAAAAUUUGAAUAUUUCAAAACUUAUAACUUAAUUAAAAUAUUCGAUAAAGAUGAAAUAGAAAUAAAAUUAUUAAGUCAAUCAAAUCCAAACUUAAUUUACGAUUUAAAUAAUUCAAUUUUUACAGAUGUUAUAGUUAAUUUACCAUUAUUUGAUGAUUUGUAUUUUCCCAUUUUACUCAAUUUUAUAAAAUCUCAAAUUGUUUGGCAAGAUAUAAAACCAAAAUUAAAUCCAAACAAAUUAACUAAAUUAUCGAAAUAUAAAUUAUUUUCAUUGUUACUAGUUAUGUCAAAUUAUGAAUGGACUAAAGAAUAUUUAUUUAAUGACUUAACGGAAAUUUUAAGUACAGAAAUUAUAAAUUCAAAUAUAACCAAUACUGAAUUAUGGAAUUUGAAAUUAAAAAUAUUAGAAAAUUUAAAUGAAAAGGAAGAAAAUCAAUUAAUACCUGGUUAUAAUAAUUUGGAAUUAAAAUUAAAACAAUCUUAUGAUAGAGUGAGAUUUGGAGAAAAUUAUAAAAACAUACAACCAAAAGUAGAAGUAAUUGAUGAAUUUGAUUAA